AUGGCCCACAGGUUGCUGCUGCAGAAGGGCUCCACAGACGCUACAUCUGACUGUGUCAUGCUGAUCGACCGCAUCACGAUGGUCAACAACACUGCGGGCGCCGACGGCGGGGCCAUGUAUUUUGAGUCGCCGCCCGACAUGCAGACCAACAUCACAGACAGCACUUUUGUAGGGAACACGGCGCUCGGCAAACCGACAGAGGACGUUGCGUUGAUGUGGUCGAUUGAGACGCGCGACCGGCGGCCUUGCUUUGAGCCAAGCACGACGCCGUGGGGCCUGGGAGGCGCGCUGUAUUUUGGCUACCAGUCUUACGGCAACAUUUUCUUGAAGCAGUCAACGUUCAAGGACAACCGCGCACAACAGGGCGGCGGCGCCAUGCUCGUUUGCGCCCUGGCAGACAGCGCGGACCGCUGGUCCACCCUCGCGAUUGAGGACUGCUCCUUCACCAGCAACUGGGCCGGCGAGGCCAACGGCACCGCGGGGACCACCUCGCAGGGCGGUGCGGUGCAGGUGCUCGGCACCUACCUUGAGACAUUGGUAAAGGGCUCCACGUUUCAGCGCAACACUGCGGGCAGCGGCGGGGCGCUGUCUUGGGCGGUCAGCAACGGCGAGCUGGCGCUCGCGCCGAUCGAGGUGGGGCGGCUCCUCCUGCAGCUCGACUAUGUGGCACCCGUCGGGUGGCCAAUGGAGCGUUGGCCGCUCAUGCUCAAGCAGCGCAAGGCGCUGCUUGCCGACAAGGCGGCCCCCAGCAAGUUCCUGGACAACAAUGCGCAGCACGGCGAUGGCGGCGCGGCCUCAGUUACAGGGCGGGGGUCAGUGGUCCUCUUCCUCAACACAGCUUUCGUGGGCAACAUGGCCGCAAAGCUGGGCGGCAUGGCCGCGCUUGCCAACGACCGCAGCCACCUGCUGGUCAUAGGCGGCGUCGUGACGAACAACACGGCCACCUCCGGCGGCGGCGGCGGCCUGAUGGCCCGCGGCGCGGGGCUGACCGCGACGCUUACGGGCGCCAAGUUCGCAAAGAACCGCGCGCUGAGCGGCACCUCCGCCGGCGGGGGCUUUGUCUGCCGUUCCUGCGGCAAUGUUGUGCUGGAGGGCGCCAGCUUCUCCGGCAACACGGCCGGCUCCCUCGGCGGCGGCGCGGCCAUCGUUCGAUCGACCAAGAACAUCGCGGUCGCGGGGUGCACGUUCCAAGGCAACCAGGUCAAGGCAGCGGAGGAGCCGGCUGCCACGGAGCGCAGGCGGCGGCUUCUGCAGAGCGAAGGCACCAUCGCGGACGCGCUGGCGGCGGCGACGGCGGCCCCGCCCGACGACAUGCUCUACCCUGGGGGCGGUGGGCUGUAUGCCGCUGCUGCCGGAACGGUGGCUAUCCGCGGCACGUCGUUCGUCGACAACACCGCACCAAACGGAGGUGGCGCCGUCGUCCGCACUGACCUGUGCAAGCUGAGUCCGCCCGCCCGCUGCCUGCUGCUGGAGGCCGGCAACAAGAUCACUGGCAACACCGCGCCCAGCGGCUCCGGCGGCGGCCUCCUCGUCAGCAACGCCUCCCUCGCCUACACCGACUGCGGGGCUUUGGGCGUCACGCCGCUGCCAGAGUGCUGGAGCCGCGCCAACGCGAGCGGCCCCACGGCGCUGGCGGCGCUGGGGCUGCCCGUCGGCAACACUGCUUUCAGCCCCGGGUCUCAGGACCUAGCCAGUGUCGCCGCGCAGCUCGUCGUGACCUGCGCGACCUCCGCUGCCGACGCGAAUACCGCCCUCUCGUUGGGCCGCACAGCCGCGGGCUGCACCGGCGCGCCGGGCGCGGCGGUGUUGGCACCGCCCCCGGAGGGGCUGGUGGCGCCGCCUGGCAGCACGCUGAGUGUGGAGAUCGCUGUCCAGGACUGGGCAGGCAACCGGGUCGUGGCUGGUUACGACGCCAACAUGGUCCUGCAGGCUCGCCCCUACACCGCCUCCGUCCCCGGCGGCAACUGGCUCUGGACGCCCCGCACCCUCGUCCUCGGCAACACCUCCAACACGAACAACGGCAUAGCGCAGUUCCUCGGCCUCGAGGUCAUCGCCGCGCCCGGCGAGUACCAGCUGCGGUUCACGCCCAUCUCCUCGCAGCGCAUCCAGAUGCGCCCGGCCACGCUCGGCCUGAGGAUCCGCAACUGCAUCGCCGGGGAGGCCAACAUCACCGCGCAGGCUGCCGGCAGCGCCGCCUUGGCCGGCGCGCUGAGCCUGGCACCGUGCCAGCAGUGCCGCGCGGGUACAGUCAGCCUGGACCCGCAGGCCUCCGGCGGCUGCAACCGCUGCGACGACGGCGUCCACGCGUUCUGCACCGGUGUGGGCAUGAUCCCGCGCGACGGCUUCUGGCACAGCCACCCCCGCAGCCCCGCCAUCCACCGGUGCCUGCACGCGGCCGCGUGCCGCGCGGGGGCGCGGCAGACGGAGCUUGCGCAGUGGGCGGCGACGCACGCGAUUUGGACCCUGACCGAGCUGGCGCCUAUAUACGAGGAAUACGUCGGCAUGCAGUGCGCCGAGGGCUACCAGGGCGUGCUGUGCGGCGAGUGCAGGCGCGGGUAUGGCAGGCACGGCCAGAGCUGCGUGCGCUGCGGACCCCUAGCGGCCAAUGGGUUCCUGUACUUCCUGGCCCUCACCUGGAUGGCGGUGCUGAUUGUGGCAUCGGCGUUCCUCCACACCAAGCAGGUCGGCCAGCGGCGCAACACCCUGCAACAGAAGGAUGCGGACCAGAGGUCGGGCUUUGCUCACGCGAUCGGCACCCCGCCGCUCACGCCAAAGGGCUUCAAGGCCGCCGCGGCCGACAACCCCGGGUCCUUGGGCGCCGCCCCCAGCGGCAGCUCAAGCGGCAGCCCUGAGCCUGGCUCGCCGAUGGCGACCCCGUUUGCCGUCCCUGUGGCAGCCAGCGUGCGCGACGACGCGUCGGUCGCGCGGCCGGACCAGGACGGCGGCAGCGAGGACGGCGCGGCCGGGGGUAACGCAGCAAAGCGAUCAACGGCUCAAAAUUUCACCGCUCGCUGGAGGGGGGUGGGGAACAAGUUCUGGAGGAGCAGCGCCCUCGCCAGCGCCUGGAGUCGCGGCACGUCCAGCGGCGGCGCCCUCACCGGGGCCUCGAGGCGAGGCAGCGCGGGCACCGGCGCCUCGAGCGGCGCCGGUGUGGGGAUCGACUACGGCGGCGCCGCUGGCGGCAAGUUGGGCAAAGGCCCGCUUGAGUCGAUCAACAGCAUCGUGGGCAACGACAAGGGCGCCGCGGCUGGGCUGACCGCAGCGCAGACCGCCCUGCAGCGGCGGCAGGCGUCGCGUUUCUGGAUGGGCGACGUGUUCAAGCUGCUCAUCACGCACUUGCAGCUCCUGGGGCUGCUGCGCACAAUCAGGAUGGACUGGCCUUCGGGCUUCGAGAAGGUAAUCUCCGCGCUGGACCAGACGCAGCCGAUCUCCUCAUGGGUCGUCAUGGAGUGCGUGUAUAACAACAUCCCUGGGGGCCUGCGGCCCUCGCUGGCGCGCACGCUCACGAUCCUGCUGCUGCCAGCCGGCGCCGCCCUCCUGACGCUGGCCUUUUGGGGGCUCCGCGCGGGCCUGGCCACCGUCAGGCGCCGCGAGGAGCACGACGUCCAGCAAACCACUGUGUGGGACCAGUACUGGCCGCGCGUCGUCAUGACCCUGGGGAUGGUCAAUUUCUAUCUCUACCCUCAGGUCUCCGGCGCCGUCGUGUCCAUCCUCUUCGCGUGCACACCUGUGGACGACCCCGGGCGCAUCGAUGCGUCCUUCCUCCCCAUCGACCCCUCGGUCAACAUCAAGACCGCGGACACCGCUGUCGCGCCCGUGGGCGUGGUCGCCAGCGCGCUGGCCGCGCUCAAGGCGGUGGGGACGUACUGGGACUACGACACCAGCAUGCAGUGCUGGACAGGGGAGAUGAGGUGGAUGCUGGCGCUGGGCAUCGUGUGGCUGCUGAUCUUCUGCUUGGGGUUCCCAGCGGCCAUGGCGGUGCGCCUAGCCACCAUCAAGCGCAACAACCUCACGGUCGACAUGAAGUUUGGAUUCUUCUUCGACUCGUUCAGGGCCCAGUUCUACUACUGGGAAUCAGUCAUCCUCCUCGAGAAGCUGGCGGCUGUGGUGGCCCUCACCGCCACCCAGCGCCUCGGCGCUGCUCCCCAGGUCCUGGCGGCCCACCUGGUGCUGUUCGUGGCGCUGCUGCUGCAAUUUUGCUACCACCCCUACGCCUGCAACAUGCUGGAUUCAUUGCAGGUCGCGAGCCUCGUGUCUCUGACCGGCACCACCAUAGCCCUCAUGGCGCCUGCCCUGAACCAGGCCAUGGCGCCCGGCCUGCUGGGGGACAGCUCCCAGUCGGUCGCCGUGGUCGGGACUGCCAUUGGAAUAGCGGGAUUUCUCAACAUCGUCGUCGUGGUGGCGUUCCUGUUCAUCCUGGUGCGCGAGGCGCGGCGCAUGCUGGUGGCGUCGCUCGACAAGGACGGGAAGGGCAAGGUGACUUUUGCGGACAUCAGGGCGGCGCUCGGCAGCGUCGUUGUGCAGACCCUCUUGCCCCAGACUAGCACGUUCUCGCCGCUCAGCCGCGCGGGCUCAGGCCCGGGCCCGACGGGCACAGGCGGCACGGGUGGCUCCGCGGCGCGGCGCGCGGCGUCUGUCGUGGCCCCGGUGCCAGCGCCGACGACAGCGCCAGCGCUGGCUUUGGCGCCGUCAGUGGCGCCGUCGCCGUCACUGGCGCCCCGGCCGUCAGCAGGUUCUGGGGCUGCUGCAGCCCCGUGA